AUGUUGGUUUUCCCCGUCUUUGCGAAGAAAAAGGCGCGCGCCGAUACAGCAAGCUUUGAUCGCAAGAUCACACAGCCGAUGGUCUGCGUUAUGCAAAGGCCGACUGUCCCUCGCCGGCAGGAGGAAUGUCCCGCCUUGAGCGUCAGGCGACCUCGAGGCCAGCAUGAGGACGCUCGCUAUUGGACGCCACUGACGCCUGUCCCCGCGGUGCUGGGAAUCACCGAAGAUCUCGGCACCGCCAUCUACAUCAGCCUGAGCACUGAACGCUACGUCCUCCCGCGAACCUUGUAA